AUGCCGAAGCCUGUUAAGAAAGCCCACCCUGCCAAAAAGGCCCCUCCUGCCAACAAGGCCCCUCCUGCCAAGAAAGCUUCUCCUAUCAAAAAUACUCCUCCUGUCCGGCCUUACCUUCUUUGGUGUAUCCCUUGUGCACGCAAGUACGCCCUGGAUUUUGAUCCCAAUAAAGGCAAGAUGUUUCGAAUUGACUGCCUUUUCGACCCGGAAUCCAACAACAGCAAGUGCCUCGCCUGCCAGACACGCCGUCAAUGCACUUGCAUCAUAACCUGCCAAGGUAUGCAUGGCAAUGCUUACGACAUGGUCCGUCUUUUGGAAUGGCUUGCCCCUCUGUUUGAGGAUAAGACUGGCCGACUGGGAAAGGAACAACGCAUCGAAGUCGCCGGCCUCGCCAAGAGACUUUGCUUGGACUUCUUGGGUCUGGAGCUCGAGCACCGAAAGGAACACGAUCUCACCGGUGAAUGCAUGGUGGACGGCCAAAGAGGAGCCGAAGCGUACGUCCAGUUUGUGCUUGGCCGCCAUAAAGUUCUAGCUGAGACCCAGGCUCCCGAUGUUGAGGAAAACGAACCCGAGUAUGUUUCAUGGAGCCUUUUGCGUCUUCUCCGUGGUGACGGCGGCUACGAGGACUGGUUGAAGUCUAUGCAGAAAUACGAAGAAUCCGUGAAGCCAUACGUGGAGUUGUAUUACGAUGAGGGAUGA